AUGGCGAGGUUGGACGAGUCCAUACUGCUUGAGCUGUGCCUGGUAGUCUGGGCCAUGUUGCUGUCCGUGGAUUUGGUACGGACUAGAUAUGUUGCUAUCCAUGUCUUUUACUGCGAGAUUCUCAAGUCGUUCCUUCCAAUACAUGCUUCUUUCCGUCGCGUUGUGCAACAAACAGGAGGGGUAAGGCGAGUAAAUUGCCAUCUGUCAGUGAGAUUCAUCACCUUUUACUUCUACGCCAUUGCGACUGCGGAGUCAUAUACUCCAACUCCACCUCCAACGCCAACGAAACUGGAAACAACAGAGCUCUUGGCCAUGUCAACUACGCCCUCACCACUGAUAACGACCUCUUCACCAACAGUCAACAAACAUCCACACUCAACCGUAGCAAUCGUCGGCGGUGCAGUUGGAGGUGCAGCAGCCCUCCUUCUCAUCCUCGCAGCGAUAUUCAUACCUCUCUUGCGAAAACGGAGAUCUUGCCUAGACAUUGCUCUGAGACGACAAUCUCGGCAUUCUUCUCGUACUGAUACAACGAUAUCCCAUCAGGAUACAUCUCUCACCGAUGAGAAGCUCGAGACUCAAACUAGGAGAGACGGGGAUAAUGCAAGUCUUGACGAGUUGAAGCUGGAAGAAAUGAUUGGCUUGGAGGAGAUGUUGAAGAUAAGGUUUCCGAGUCCGGCGGCGUAUGAACUGGAUGCUGGAAGUUUUGUCGAGGGGAGGGCAAACUGGGAAAUCAAGUUUUAAAAGGUUGUUGUGAAUCCUCUCUUCGUUUCUAUCUUGGGAGUUUUGUGGUUGGUCUGAGAGAUAUGGUCUCGACAUAUCUUGGUGCACUUCGGAGAGAGGUCGUUGAACGAAACAUUCAACACAACAAG